UUCAUAAAUGUAAGAUUUUAAAUCAAAUGAAAAAUAAAUCAUUGAAUGGUUUACGUUGACUUGAGGAAGACAAAGAUAAAGAUAAGUACUUGAUUCGGUCUCUUGAUCAACUGUUGAGUUUCUCCAUGGAAUUUCUUGCUAAUCUCUCAGCCAUUGCUGCUGGAUUUCUAGCUCUACUUGUUUUUCUAAUCUCAUUUGGCCUCAUCAAAUCAAGAACUUAUGCCCCCACCACCAAUAAUAGUAAUAGCAGGCCACCACCCGAGCUUUCCGGGUCGUGGCCUUUAAUCGGUCAUCUCUUCCGGUUAAGCUCCCGAGUCCCAUUAUUUCAGACCUUCGGAUCCCUAGCAGAUGAAUACGGACCCGUCUUCUUAUUCCGGUUAGGAAUUCAGCCCAUCCUGGUGGUGAGUAGUUGGGAAGCGGUCAAAGACUGCUUCACCAUCAACGACCGUGCUCUAUCUGCACGCCCGGAAACCAUUUCCUCCAGGAUUCUCGGUUACAACGGGGCGGCGUUCGGAUUCAGCAACGGCCCUUACUGGCGAGAAAUUCGAAAACUAGCGGUGGUUGAACUCCUAUCACACCGUAGGCUUCAGAUGCUGUCCCACUUCAGUGUAUCGGAAGUGGAGACGAGCAUCAAGGAGCUGUACCGACAAUGGCAACGUCGACCCAACGACGUCGUGUUAAUCAGCGAAUGGAUCGAGAAACUAAUACUGAACUUGAUCGUGACGGUGAUCGCCGGGAAACGGUAUAAUUUCGACAGCGCCCAGGAUGACCAAGAGGCGAAGCAUUUCAGGAAGGUUGUAAAGGAAUUCAUGUUUGCGACAGGUGAUAUUUUCUGGACAGAUGUGGUUCCUUUGCCAAUAUUUAAGCUGAUUGAGAUUGGGAAAUUGAGGAAGACGAAGAGGAUCAUGAGGGACGUGGAUUCCAUUAUUAGCAGUUGGGUUCUUGAACAUGUUGAAAGAAACAGGACCCAUAAAGAAGAAGAAGAAGAAGAAGACCGCCGUGACUUCAUUGACGUGCUGCUUUCGACUGUAAACGACAUAAAUACCCAUGGCCAUUCUCCUCAUACUGUCAUCAAGGCCACAUUAAUGAAUCUGAUUCUAGCUGGAUCGGACACGACAUCUAUAAACCUGAUUUGGAUUCUAUCUUUACUAAUGAAUAACAAACACAUACUAAAGAAGGCCCAAGAAGAAAUAGAAUCGAAAAUUGGAAAAGAAAGAUGGGCAGAGGAAUCAGACAUGAAGAACUUAGUCUACUUACAAGCCAUUGUGAAAGAGACCCUUCGUCUCUACCCUCCGGGACCGCUCUCAGUCGCGCACCUAGCCGCCGAGGACUGCGAAGUGGCCGGCUACAAAGUCCACAAAGGAAUGAGGCUGACCGUGAACUUGUGGAAGCUUCAUCGGGAUCCACGAAUCUGGGAGGAUCCGGAUGAGUUCCGUCCGGAGAGAUUCAUGGGUACCCAUGUGGAGUUAGAUGUAACCGGUCAUCAAUAUGAGUAUACACCAUUCGGGUCGGGUCGAAGGGCAUGUCCAGGGCUAGGGUUUGCUAUGCAGGUGACCCACUUGGUUAUGGCGCGUUUACUCCAAGGGUUCGAUUUCGCCACCGCCGGAGAUGAGCCUGUUGACAUGACGGAAGGCUUUGGCUUGACUCUGCCUAAGGUUAACCCGCUCCAACUUCUUAUCACGCCUCGUCUUUCUUCUAAAUAUUAUAUAUGAUUCAAUAAAUAAUACAUUUUCAAAUAAAAGCUCAUGUAAUAUCAUGUCCUAUUAUCUAUAUCUAUAUAUCUAUCUAUAUAUAAACAAUUAUUAAUUGUUUUCCAGUAAUUAAUUAAGUUUAUUUUG